AUGUCGAUUCCAGACACCACCAUGAUCACCAGCCCAACUCCGUCUACGGACGUCGCACCGCUUCCUGUCAAGGCGAGCUCUGGCACAGACGACGUUCAACAGACAGUAUCGAAUGUCGAGCAUGUCAAAGUCGCGCCCACUUCAAGCACAAACGCACUGCCCGCUUCCGCUGCCUCCCCUAUCAACACCAUGUCGCCCGCUCAUGCGCCAACGGAAUCAAGUCGUCACUCCACCCCUGCAACUUCGGCUGGCGGCUCGGAUCAUGCACACUCCACGCUUCCGACUUCAAUCGAUGCGCCCACAUCAAAACUUCCUCACGACCAAGCGGCUGCCAAGUCGCCCGAGCCAUCAACGCCGACAUCGCAACCCCAGCCGCAGCCACAAUCGCAGUCGCAACUGCACCAGGACGAGCACCCUCUUUCGUCAAUCCAGCCUGCAUACUUUUAUCCCGCAGACGGCAACGCCUCUUCGUCACACGAUGGUAUCCCCGUAUUCGAGCCUACCAUGCAGCAAUUCCAGGACUUUUACGCUUUCUGCCAAGCCAUCGACAGCUGGGGUAUGCAGUACGGUAUCGUCAAGGUGGUCCCUCCCUCCGAAUGGCGCGACUCUUUGCCCGACCUCCGUCCCACCUCGGCGGCCGCUUCCGACGCCGAUACUGAACACGAUGAGCACGCCGACUUGUCCAAGGUCCGCAUCCGCAAUGCCAUCAUGCAGCACUUUACCCCCGCCGGUUCGGGCGUCUGGCGCCAGCUUAACACCACCCGCUCGGCCAAGGUUUGGAAUGCAAAGCAGUGGGCCCAGAUGUGCGUCUCGGAAGAUCAAAAGGGUCCCGAGAUGGAACGUAUGAAGUGGAAAGCACAAGUCGAAGGUGCUUCCAACGGUGGCUGGGGUCCCAAAACCAUCGGCACCAAGGAUGGUGCUUCCUCAGCUAUCCUCGAGGAAGACGGGGUUCGCACAAGGAGUGGCAAGGCUCGCCCAUCUGCUGUCCCUACUGUCGCCGAGACAAAGAUCAACGGGAAACGCAAAAGAGCCGACAAUGACAACGACAAGCUCGAGGGCGCACAACCGGACGAGCAACCUGCCAUACCUCUAUUGGCUCCCGCCUCUCCUUCGUCUCCGGAGCGUCGCUCGCGACGAGUCGCCCAAACCGCCUCCGCUACCGCCAGAACGUCGCCGCUGCCUGCUUCUCGCGAUGCUUCGCCAGUCAAGAAGAAGAACUGGGAGGCAGAGGCUACCACCUACGACGAAUGGCGUGCAUUCGACUACGAGAAUUGCUGGCGCAAGGAGGCACUCUCACAAGAGCAGCUGGCACGUCUCAAGGGCGCAUCUUCUUCUUCAACAACGACAGAGGCAAGCACAUCCAAAGUGGACGCCGAUGCCACAGCAGACCAGGGCGAAGCAGCGACAGCUGUACCGUCCCUGCCAUCUCCUUCCGACUGGACUCCCGAAGUAUGUCGAGAGAUCGAGAGCGAGUACUGGCGCAACCUCAACUUUGGCAAGCCGCCCAUGUACGGCGCCGAUCUCAGCGGCACUCUCUUUGACGAGCGCACUAAGCACUGGAACGUUGGCAAGCUCGACAGCGUCCUCACCCGUCUCCGCCUCCGUCGCAAGCUGCCGGGCGUCAACACCCCUUACCUCUACUGGGGCAUGUGGAGAGCUACGUUCGCUUGGCACGUCGAAGACAUGGACCUCUACUCCAUCAACUACAUCCACUUCGGUGCACCAAAGCAGUGGUAUGCCAUCCGACAGUCGGAUCGACAGCGCUUCGAGUCGGCCAUGGCGGGCGCCUUCCCCUCUGACGCCAGACGCUGCCCUCACUUUAUGCGUCACAAGUCGUACCUCGCAUCGCCCUCUUUUCUCGCUUCGCACGGCAUCCGGCCACUCAAACUGGUCCACAACGCAGGCGAAUUCGUCAUCACAUACCCUUUCGGCUACCACUCUGGCUUCAACAUGGGCUACAACUGUGCCGAGAGUGUCAACUUUGCGCUCGAAUCCUGGCUCGACAUUGGUCGCAAGGCCAACUACUGCCACUGCGACAUGUCGCAGAACAGCGUACGCAUCGACGUCGAUGCUUUGCUGGAAGAGAGCAAAGAGAUGGAGGAGCUCGAACGCAAACGCGAGUUGCGCCGCGCCAAGGAGGAUGCGGUUCAAGCUGUCGAGGAAGACGAGCUGGAAAAGCGCAGAGUCCGUAACGAACGGGCCAAGGAGCGCAGGAGACUCAAGAAGGAGGCAGACGAAGCCGCAGCCGCAGCCAACCCGGCGGUGCCGCUGCCAUUCCAAGGAGGUGAUGGCUUCUACAUCGACCCGAAGCAAGCUGCCUCGAGCCCUUGCGUGUUUUGCCCGGCCAACGUCGAAACCGACUUGGUGGCAACCCCCGCCGAGAUUGAGUCCACCAAUUCGAAGCUCAAGUCCAUGUCUGGACGUCACGCCCAUCGGCUCUGCGCCAGCUUCGUGCCAGAGACGUGGGUCGGUAAGCACGGCAAGGCCGAGGUAGUUGAGGGCAUCGAAGGCAUCGACAAGGCUCGCUUCUCGCUCAAGUGCCAGAUCUGCCCCAACCCAAUCUUGCAGAAGCUCUAUCCCAAGAUUCAAUGCACGCGCGGCAAGUGUCCACGCUCAGCGCACGUCAGCUGCGCCUUGGUCGAAGAGCACGGCUGGUUCAUCGAUGUGUGUCCUCUGGAGACGGCAGACCGCCUCGAAGGCAAGAAGUCGCCCGCCGCAAGCAGCGGCGCCGCUCAGCAGACCGAUGGCCUCGAAGAUGGCGAGCGCCUCGUUGUUCUUUGCAAGACCCACAAUCCUCUCUUCCGCGAGGCGGAGGAGGCGCGCAAGUUGGAAGAGCUGCGCGAACGCAUCUACGCGUUGCCCAUCCCAUCUAUGGUCAAGAUCAAGACGUCUGGAGGCAUGUUCCAGGCUUUGAUGGUCGAGAUUCGCGAGGAGGAAGACGAGAUUGUCAUCGAGGACGAAGGUCGUCCCAGCACGGUCAAGUUUCAGCAGAUCAUCCUGGACGACCCGGUCAAGCAGGAGCCGCAAGCGGUUGCCAUCCCUGCAGCAGUCGGUGCUGCUGCAGGCGAAGUCAACGAGGAAGUUGUUUCGGAGCCCACCAAGCGACGAAGAAAGGCCAGCGAGAAAGCUAGCGCCAAUGCCCAGGCUGCGAAAGAGGAGGCCAUGGAGGCUAGCGUCGCCGCGUCUGAUGCAGAAGCGGCGGCUCUGCCGAGCAAGAAGCCUCGAAGAAGCCGAGGUGCCGCGGUAACAGCGACGGCGACGGCUGCGUCGGGCGCUGACAUGACCGCGAUCCAGUCAAGUCCAGCGGCCAAAAAGGUCGGCAGUACAGAUGGUCCCGCCAAGCCCAAGCGAACACGUCAGCCCAAGAAGAAAGUCGAUGCGACCGAAAUUGAGGCUACCGCUCUGCCGCCGCCGCCAAUGCAGUGGCCAGGUCAUCCAACGUACUCGGGCCCUCAACAGCAACAACCGCCACAGCCACAGCAAGUGCAGGCAGCGCAUGCUCCGUCAAAGCGUGGUCCACGAGCCACGUAUGCUGCUCAGCGUCCGAGUGCACCUCAGCCGCCGCUCCCGCCGCAGUAUGCCGAGCAUCAUGCUUACGCCCAUCACCAGCACCAGCAGUAUCCGCAGCAGCAAUACGGUGGUCUCAACGAUGCGCCUAUGCAUCGCGGCCCGUCGUUCGAAGGUGGAUACCAACAGCAGUACGCAUCGGGCUUCGGUCGCAGCGAGUAUGGUCCGGGUGGUGGGUCUCCGAGCUAUGCGCACCCCGGUCAGCAACAGCAGCAACAGCGCUCAAGCAAUGGCCAUCCGUACAACGCAGGUCCGCCCUACCAACCGUACCAGCAGGCGCCUCACCCAUCGUACGCUCCUCCACAACGCCCGACCACCGACAGCAGCAACGCUGUCCGGCACCCUCACCCGUCCGCAUCUUCGACAUCAUCGCCGAGCGUCAUGCACCCAGCAUCGUCGUCGACGUCGCAGUACGGAUACAUUUCAGCGCCUGUGGGAGGGUACGAUCGAACACCGCCGCUGCCUCACCCGCCGACGUAUGGGAAACCUCUGCCGCAUUCGGAAAGCCCUUCCGGCGGGUUCCCGGACUACAGGGGGCCGUACAACCAUGCUGCUCCAGCGACACUGCAUCCUGCGUACCAGCAGUAUCGGGGUCAGCCACAACAGCAGCAGCAGCAGCAGCAGCAACAAGGGGGAGGAUACGGAGGUUACUCGUACGGCUACCCGCAACACCAGCAGGCGGGACAGUUUCGACCCCACCACCAGCCUCAGCACCCUCAGAGUCACGGCAUGACUCAUCUUCCCAAUCCGGUGUAUGCCAACGGUGCGUACGGUCAGCAGUACUCGCACCACCAGUCGUAG